AUGCAACAGCGGUCAGGGAAUGUGUUACCACCACCAGCAGAUGAGUACUGCAAUAACGGCUUUGUUUCCUCCAGAAAACCUAUUAAUAAGAGUGGGGUAAAUAAUUCUGCGAACAAUGUCCGAGAUUCUCCGCCUAAUAGUAGCUCUGGUGGACCAGUUGCUCUUCCAGCAGCAGCCUCAUGGGGAACACGUGCCUUAAACAACCAGCUACCACUUGUAAGUUUGGGGAAUUCAAAUGGACCUCUUAAGCAGAAACCUGAUGCGUGCAAUGGCUCAUUAGCGUUUUCAAUGGGAAUUGCAAGCCCAACUCAGGUUUCUAUAUUGCAUGCUGAUGUCGGAAAGAAGCUUAUUCCUAAUGGAGAAAGUCAUACGAUACAACAAAAUUUUAAAGCUAAGGCAUUGGAACCUAUGAAACAGGAUAUGGGUUCAGAUCGUCUAGCAACUGUAUCUGAAACUCCUGCCACACCAGGAUAUGCUGCUAGUUCAACUAUGAACAGCCAGUUACAUUAUGCACCUGCAUGCAAGGAUGAAGAUAAAUGUAGCGGUAUGCCACCCAAUGUUACAAAUUCUAUUGACCUAUCUGGGCAGUCAUGUGGUUAUGGCGGUCCAGGAAAAGAUGUAGACGUUGCAGACAAGAAGAUUCAGAAACUAUGCUCUUAUAUGUCGUCAUUGAGCAUUGAUAGAUCUCAAGGAUCACCACAAAGUUACGUGGAGCAACUUAGAGAACCUUUGACUUUUGCCGCGGGGAAUGCGGAGACAUCCACUAAGGAUAGUUCUGUUGCUAGAGAACUAUCUGAUUUUAGAUCUCAUUCAGAAACACACGUGGCACAGGCUGCAUUGGGUGAAGUAGAUGAUGAUUCACUAUUUUUUGAUGACCGGAGACUUAAGGAUCCAGAAGUUGUCACCAGUACAAGCUACUUACCUAAUUUAUCUCACUCUUCAUAUCUUUUAAAUCAAGUUAAGGGUUAUUAUCCUCAGUAUAAUGAGGAUUACAGUAAACUUAAUGUCAAUGUAGAUCCCCUUAUCGUAGAUAAGAAAUUCGACAUCAGUUCACCUCCGCAGACAUCUAGUAUUCAAGUUAUUUCUAAUGGGUACCCUGAGAAUCUAGUCAGCAGUUCUGCUCAUUUGGACAACACCUUUGACAAUUCCUAUAUGCUUCUAGAUGAAGAGAAAAGGAAGCACAUCGGAAGAUUAGACGGUGAAGUAACCAAUGUUGACAGCAACGCUGCUCUAGAUACGGGAGAGAGCAGCAUAAUAUCUAAUAUUUUGUCAAUGGACUUUGACUCGUGGGACGAUUCAUUAACUUCACCUCAGAAUUUGGCUAGGUUAUUGGGUGAAACUGAUAAACAGCAGGGAUCUCUUAGAGUAUCAAGUUCUUGGAAAGUUCAAAGUAGCAAUCAAUCCAGGUUUUCUUUUGCACGAGAAGAGGAUUCUAUAAAUCAACAUGUAGAAUCAUCUUUGAGUUAUAUUGGGCAACCUCUGAAGAAUCGCACNCUUAGAGUAUCAAGUUCUUGGAAAGUUCAAAGUAGCAAUCAAUCCAGGUUUUCUUUCGCACGAGAAGAGGAUUCUACAAAUCAAAAUGUAGAAUCAUCUUUGAGUUAUAUUGGGCAACCUCUGAAGAAUCGCGCUUUCAGCCAUGAUUUUGUUGAUAACAGAGAUUUUCAUCUUGAUAAGCUUGGUAAUUGCAAUGGUUUCUCUUCUGUUAAUUGUGAGGAAUUUGAUAAUUUUGCCAGCAGUCAAUCUCAUCUCUCUUCUGGCAAGCCUUCAGAUUCGGUGAUGACGAAGAAGUGGGCUUGA